CGGUGGACACAUAUGACCGUCAUACGUACUAAUUACAAGUCUCCUUCGUUCAUGCUUCUACCAUCAGCGCUCAGCGUGGAAGGCAUGAUUCUCUCACAGAACAAAUGGCAGUGCAGUUAUUUAAUACGGUGAACUGGUGGACCCGUUCAGUCAGCAACAAUGUCUUCCUCGGCGCAAGAUCCUAUUCCACAACUUGACCUGGGAAACACGUUCGGGGCACUUUUUAUUGGGGUUAUUCUGGCAGCAGUUCUCUUUGGUCUAACCAAUGUUCAAGCUUUCAUCUACUUGCAGGCGCAUAGAAGCACGGGGAUAACAUUUUUCAAGCUGGUUGUUGCCUGGCUUUGGAUAUUUGAUGCUCUGCACCUGGCCCUGACAAUCCAUUGCGUCUACUAUUACUUGGUGACCAACUAUGCGAACUUUGGUGUACUCACGGAAAUCGUAUGGAGUCUCAAACUUCAGUUAGUAAUCAACAUUCUCAUCGUUCCUAUGGUGCAUCUUUUGUAUGUUCAUCGCAUAUGGAAAGUAAGCAAGGGUCGAUCAAGAAUUUUCCCGGUCGUAGCAUUGGGCAUAAUCGUGGCCCUAGGUUCAGGCAUUGCUAUUACCCUUGCGUGGGCGCAAUAUAAGGUCAAAUUCUUCAAGGAUUUGGUUAGCAUCGAGUGGAUGACAUAUCUGUCUUUGGGAACGGCCACUUUUAUCGAUUUUCUCAUCGCAUCAUCGCUAUGCUAUCUUCUUGCCACUUCACGUACUGGGUUCUCUAGCACCGAUUCAUUCAUAACAAAGCUCGUGGGCUAUACCAUCAGUACCGGCUGUCUGACAAGUAUCUGUUCGAUGUCAAUCAUAAUCACAUGUGCUGUGCUGCCGACAACCUUCAUCUUCAUCGGGCUUCAAUUUUUAGUGACCAAGUUAUAUGUCAACUCGUUUAUCGCAUUCUUGAACGCGCGAUACUACAUGCAGGUUAACGCGAUCGUCGAUCCUCCCCAAUUUUAUGAGCGCCACGGCGUCUAUCACCAGGAACUCCACACUAGUGGAUCGCAAGACGAAGAGUUUCACAAAUCCCGAAGGGACCCCAAGGAUGAGGUACUGCAUAUCACGCAACCUAUCCAGGGUAUCAUGCCACAGUCGAUGACAUCGACGAUGGAAAUGAAGUCAUUCUCGUCAUCAGUGUGACAUGUCAACUGUGUGUCUAAUCGAGAGAUGACACUUACAGAAACAUAGGUUGUAUUCUAAAGUAAUCUCAUCUUUGAAGGACGACGCGUCUACAACCACCGGCGGGAA